CACCAGUCUCCAGUCUCCCCCCACCCCCCUCCUGCCGCCGCUCGAGUGCUCGCUCGCUCCCUCGGCUACUCCCCCGUGCCGUCCCGUCCCGUCCCGUUCUGGCGUCCUACUACUCCAAGCCGAGGCCUACCCACCCGUCCGCCCCCAUCCUCCCCUCCCCCCGCCGAAAUCCGCCAAUUCCCCCCCGAGGCCGCCCCGGCCCGCCGAUCCACCCGCCGCAGGCGCGUUAUCCGCUGGGAUUCCGGCGGUUCGUUGGUUGGAGCCAGCCGCCGGGAUCGUGCCGCGGCGCGGUUCCCGGCCGAUUCCUCCCCCGCGUGGAUCGGCUUGGUGGUGGGAUGCGAGGCGGCGGCGCGGAGAUCGACCGGAGGCUGUAGCGCUUCUGCGCCUGCGAGGUGGUGAGAGGCGAGGCCGCUGGUGAGGGGGGCUAGGGGUUGGUUUGCUCCGGAGGGCCGGACGGAAUGGGGAGCUUCUGCUCCAAGGGAUCGGCGGUGGACAAGUCGCCCAGCGACACCACGCUCGGCCCCGACCGCGUGAUCCACCACCACGAGCGUGGCGCGGUGAAGGGGGAGGAGAGGAAGACGGUGGCGGAGGAGGCUGCUGCCAAGAGGAUGCACGAGCAGCCGCCGCAGCAACAGCAGCAGCCACCACAACAUCAACAACCACCACAGCAUCAACAACCACCACAACAACAUCAUCAUCAGCAGCAGCAACCACAGCGUAUCUCUGUCCCGGAAACUGCCGCUUCUGGUGCCAGCGUUGGCGCUGGCUCGGCGCCAUGGGAUGGUGUGCCUUCGCUGGCUCGGAAUCCGUCCCAGAAAGGGAUGGGCAUGGCCAAAGCUGGUGCUGCCAAGGUUUCGGAAGUAAGCUCAAUUCUGGGUAGGGCUGGUACUGUUGGGCUUGGCAAAGCAGUGGACGUACUAGACACACUUGGCAGUAGCAUGACAAAUUUGAAUCCAAGUAGUGGUUUUGGAUCAGGUGCUACAACAAAGGGCAACAAAAUAUCCAUUUUGGCAUUUGAGGUUGCUAAUACUAUAGUGAAAGGUUGCAAUUUGAUGCGAGCUCUUUCAAGAGAGAGCGUAAAACAUUUAAAAGAAGUGGUGCUUCAUUCAGAAGGUGUUCAAAAUCUUGUAGCCAAAGAUAUGGAUGAAUUGCUCAAGAUUGCUGCUGCUGACAAAAGGGAAGAGUUGAAAGUGUUCUCUACAGAAGUUAUUCGCUUUGGAAACCGUUGCAAGGAUCCUCAGUGGCACAACUUGGAUCGCUAUUUCGACAAGGUGUCAUCAGAACGGACUCCUCAACAUCACUUGAAAGAAGAGGCAGAAUCAGUGAUGCAGAAAUUGGUGACUUGUGUUCAAUAUACAGCUGAAUUAUACCAUGAAAUGCAUGCCCUUGACAGAUUUGAACAGGACUAUCAACGUAAACAGCAGGAAGAGGAUGGUUCAAGUGUUGCCCAAAGAGGUGAGAGUCUGCACAUACUAAAGCAGGAGGUCAAGAGCCAACAGAAGCAUGUUAAAAGUUUGAAGAAGAAGUCUCUUUGGUCCAAGAAUUUGGAAGAGGUUAUGGAAAAACUUGUAGACAUCGUGCACUUCUUGCAUUUGGAGAUCCAUAAUACCUUUGGGUGCUCAGAUAAUGAAGAAUUACAGGAGCCUACUAAACGACGUAAUAGAUUGGGUCCAGCAGGACUUGCGCUGCAUUAUGCUAAUAUCAUCAGUCAGAUUGAUGCUCUUGUUUCUCGCUCAUCUUCUGUUCCUCCAAACACAAGGGAUUCAUUAUACCAGAGUUUGCCACCGACCAUAAAAUCUGCUCUCCGUUCUAAGCUACAUUCAUCUGGAGUUAAGGAAGAGCUUACUGUUUCUCAAAUCAAGGCGGAAAUGGAGAAGACAUUACGGUGGCUUGUCCCGGUUGCAAAUAACACCACCAAGGCUCACCAUGGCUUUGGUUGGGUUGGAGAGUGGGCAAAUACAGGGUCAGAGGUGAACUGCAAGCCGACAGGGCAUAUGGACCUCACCCGAAUUGAGACACUGCAUCAUGCUGACAGGGACAAGACCGAAGCGCAUAUCCUUGAGCUUGUCGUAUCGCUUCAGCAUCUCAUCAGUCAAUCCAGAGCAGCGAAUGGCGAGCGAUCUCCCAUCAAGUCUCCUGUUCGAUCUCCUACACAAAGGGGCUCUUCAAUCACAUUGUCUCCAAACAAAGCCAGCAGUUCAUCACCUGUUCUGACACAACAAGAACAAGAGAUGCUAAGGGAUGUCAAAUACAGGAAAUUCGUUCCUGGUAUAAGCAAAAGCCAAGAGUUUGACACAAAGGCAAGGCAUAUGCAAAGCAGGUUGAUCAAAAGUAACAGCCAUUCACCAAGCAGUAGCAACAGGAAAGAAUUCCUAUCGAUCAGGAGUAUGCUUCCUGUCAUUAAUUUUGAAAUCGAUAGGACCAAAGCUCUGGAUAUGAUCGACAAUCUAAAAGUGCAGUGAGGAGUCGAAAUCGACCGGUGCCAAGUCCUGGAUACUUCGACGCGAUCUGUGAUCUUAAAAAUUCCAUAUUGCUCGAAGUAUACAUCAGGUCUGCUGAGCCGAUUGCCAUGUGCCUGCAGCGAAGGCGCCUGUGGCAGUAGGGCGCCAAUUUGGAGGCACCAAAAGAGGGCCGGGUGGUCUGGGAUCAGGGCUAGCUUAUGUAUGAUAUGGGGUGGAAAGGAAAGGGAAAUUUUAUUGUAAAAAGCAAUUUGUUGUGUUUGUGAGCUCUUUGUACAAGCAAUGCAAGUUUUGAUGGAGAAAGGGACACUGAUCCUGUGUCA